CUUAUGAGCAAACAUCAUAUAUUUUGCUGCACCACUGGUAUGAUAAAGGUCACAUUGUAAAGACGACAAUAACAGAUAAAAAAUACUCACUUCGUGUGCGAACUCUUGCACAGUAAAAACAGCUGCAUGCGUUAGAGUACUAGACAAAAGGUUAUUAUUCUGACAUUAACGUUCUCGGCAUGGCUCUUCGUUGGGGAAUUUGUGGAGCAGGAACCAUCUCUAACGACUUUGUUUCAGCACUUUUGGCUCUCCCGAGUAAUGUCCAUGAGGUAGUUUGCAUUGGGGCAAGAUCACUCAAAAGAGCUCAGCUUUUUGCAGACAAAUUUGGAAUAAAGAAAGCAUAUGGCUCUUAUGAGGAGGUUGCCAAUGACCCUGAUGUAGACAUUGUGUACAUUGGUGUAAUACACAUUUUCCAUGUUGCACUAUCCAAGGAGAUGCUAAGAGCAGGCAAAAAUGUUCUCUGUGAGAAACCAGUAGCGGCAAAUCUGGCUCAGAUUGUGGAAGUCCAGGAAGUGGCCAAAGAAUGCAAAAAGUUCUUCAUGGAGGCAGUUUGGACAAGAUGUUUUCCAAUUUAUCGCAGAAUUAAAGAAGAAUUGCGGUCUGGAAAUUUGGGAGAUAUUAUGCAUGUUCAAGCUCAGAUUUGUAUUCCACUCAGCCAAGUACAUCGUAUCACAGAUCCAGAAUUAGGGGGGAGCGGGUUAUUUGACAUUGGAGUUUAUACUAUCCAGUUGGCCACCAUGAUUUUUAACAAUCAAACACCAGAAAAAAUUACAGCUGAUGCAACACUUUCAGAUAAAGGAGUGGAUAUGGAUGGAUGCAUUACAUUAACGUACAAGAAUGGAGGAAGAGCUGUGUUAGUUUACAGUACAUUGUUUCAAGCAGGGAAGAACAAUACAGCCACAAUAUAUGGUACCAAAGGAACUGUAGAGAUUGGUGCAAAUUUCUGGUGUCCUUUGGAAGCCUCUCUACCAUCUGGUAAAAUUAGCAAUGAGAUAUCGAAUGGUCCAGUACCGUAUAAUUUCCCCUUUAGUGGGGGCCUGAGAUUUGAGGCAGACUGCAUCAAACGGUCUAUAGAAGCAGGAAGAUUUGAAUGCAGUGAAGUGACAUUUGCUGACAGCCAAGCUAUUUAUCAAAUCGUUGAUGAAGUUGUGAAACAGAUCGGCAUGGAUCCAAAAUGGUGAAUUUAGAAAGGCAUCAAAGAAAUAAUUCCAUAUAAAUGGUGCAUCAGCUUAAUCAACACAGACUAUAUGGUGUACAAAUAAAUUCUCAAUUCCAA